AUUCAAUGCGCAGUGGAACUACUGUUGCUGUAAACGCCAUUAAGGCUUUGGUUUUGUUUGUGGAGAACAUAACAUUAAAUUAUUCGGUGGUCCCUAUAAUCUAGUAAGUGGUUGCCAUAUUUCUAGGCGGACUGUCUCAAAUUUCUUGUUGUGGAAAAAAUGAGAUAUUUUAACAAUCCUUACGACGAUUUCUCCCCGGAAGCUGCAGAAGGUCUGAUUUCGUCAAACAAGUUGCAUCCAGAUUCGACAGUAGCAUGUGCUGUAGAAUCAAAAUGGGAUUGGACGAUGAGAAAGUUAGAUCACUUGGACUUCAGUGAUAAUUCGGUAUAUACCGGAACUUCAGGAAUUGCGCUUUUAAAGUUACUCAAAGAUCCCAAUGGGGAGCAGAAUCUGAAGGAGGUAAAGCAUCUGCUGAACUUAAGGAAGCUGAAGUACAAACGAUACUCGUUUUUGUGUGGAGAUGCGGGCCCUCUAGCUAUCGGGGCAGUUGUCUGCCAUAGGCUCAAAGAGAAGCAAGAAUCCGAAAAACUGAUAGAAAAAUUAUUGGCUAUGUCUGAUAGUGCUGUUAACAGUAAAUCAGAUCUUCCGAAUGAAUAUUUGUAUGGCCGCGCAGGGUAUUUGUACGCAUUAUUGUAUGUCAAUAAAAACAUUCACCCACCUCCUAUUGGCAACCAACUUAUUAGAGAGGUGAUAGAAGCCAUUUUUGUUUGUGGUAGAACUGAAAGUCGUCUGGGAAAAUUCAAGUGCCCCCUUAUGUACCAAUGGCACAAUAAACAGUACUUGGGAGCCGCACAUGGUGUUUCAGGUAUACUGUAUCUUCUUCUGCAAGCUAAGGAACAUUUAAGUGAAACAGAAUUGAAUAACUUUAUCAAGCCUACUGUGGACUAUUUGGCAGAUUUAAAAUAUUCAAGCGGGAACUACCCAUCCUCUUUGGGCAAUGACGAUGAUAAAUAUGUUCAGUGGUGCCAUGGUUCUCCGGGAUUUGUGUACUUGUUCAGUACUGCUUAUAAGGUGUACGGAGAUUCAAAAUAUUUAGAUUUAGCCCUACAAGCAGGCGAGGUUGUCUGGAAAAGAGGACUAUUAAAGAAGGGUUAUAGCAUUUGCCAUGGCGUUUCCGGAAACGCGUAUUGCUUUCUCGAAUUAUUUCAACUAACACAAGAGAUGAAGCAUCUAUACAGAGCAAUCAAGUUUACAGAAUGGUGUGUCACUUACACAAGGGAGCACGAAGAAUAUUCACCCGACCGUCCCGCGUCGUUAUUUGAGGGAGUUGGGGGUCCGAUGUAUCUACUCAUGGACAUCCAAGAUCCAGCGAACUCGAAAUUUCCGGGUUACACACUUUAGAUUGUCAACAUCUCGUGUAUCAAUUUAUUAUUAAUAAAUCAUUCAACUAAUA